AUGACCUUUGAGCCAAAGGCCAAAAAAAAGCCUUUUCCCUUGGAAUCCCUGCUAGUGCCACAAGUUCCACGUGGCAAUUACUUGCACGUUCAGGAGGACAAGCAAAGACUGCAGUUUAAGAAAUUCCUCCUUCAUAGGAUGUUUCUCGUGGCCAAGAUACAAGCAAAUGUUGAAAAAAAAGAUAUUGCUGAAUACUAUGAGCAAGUGUUUCAAUCAAUCCUGAAACAGCAUCUAGAAGAAGCAGUGACAGGAGUUCUGCUCAUAUACCCCACGUCCCUUCUGCAUAUCCUUGAGUCCUCUAACGGAACUCUUUUCCAAAUUCUUUUAGAUUACCUGGCCCAUGAAAACGAUCCACAAUAUUUUGCACAAGAAAUGAAAAUUAUAGUCAUUUCUCAUAACAUCCCAACCAGGCUCUUCAUGCAAUGGUAUGUUUCAGUAAUAAAAGUGCCAGUUAUGUAUCUUGAUGACGUGACACAAUCCCAGUCCCUAAAAGAGGUCACCACAGAGUUUAUCACCCACAUCCAUAAACUGUCAUUCUUCCUUUUUAAGACUAUUAAAGUGGGCAGUAAAGGACCAGGCGAUAACUUGCACCAAAUUGCACCUGACCUACUCCUUCCAGAACAAAUCAUAAAGUACUUGUGCAAAUGCAAAGAAUUCAUGGACCCAGCAACAUUCAUAAAUAUGUACAAUAAACCCGUAUAUAUCACCUUUGAUUCCGAGGUGGUAUGGCCUGCUCCUUCCCGUUUCUAA